AUGCAUGACAACGUUGCACCUCCUACCGGCCUCCUCGAGCUUCCUGGAGAACUUCGCAACCGUAUCUACGACUUGGCGCAAGAGUCAGAUCAAGUCCGUCUCGUAUACAAGCCGAGUCUUCACCACGAGCAAGUCGAACAAAUUAGUCGACAGUUCUUUGGUCUGACCCAAGUCUGUCGCAAGCUCCGAGUGGAGUAUCUACCUAUCUACAAUGCGCACACCAUUGUCAGCAUUGAUUGCGUGCACACAGCCUCCUACAUCGACACCUUCAUUCUUCCAGCUGGCGUGGAGCCGAAACAAGCACGCGGGAACCUGAUCGUUCGGACUCGGACCCCAGCGUAUCACGAUGAGAGUGUCGAGGAGCGAGUCCCUACGCAGGCUAUAAUUGACCUCAUCGCCCUCAGCAAGGAAAAUCUUCAAGUCACGAUCAAAUUUGACAACUCCGCUUGGUUCGUCCCAUUAUUGUGCACACUAAUGCGCAGGCUACGGUGA